UCUUUUCUAUGUUUUCAGAAAUUUACUAUUUAGUUACAUAGCUAAAAAUUGUCCGGAACUAUCUAAAAUGGAAUCAAAUAAAGACGAAGCUGAUAAAUGUCUAGAUAUAGCAGAAAGGUGUGUCCAGCAGGGCGAUAAAGCGAAAGCAGAGAAAUUUGUCCAGAAAGCUAUGAAACUCUAUCCUAGUAAAAGAUGUCGUGAACUACUAGAAACAGUUAGAGAAAUGGAGGUGGGCAGAUCAAAGGAAAAUUCGAAGACCGAAACUAGUCGUAACAGUGAAUAUCCUGAACCUAGUAAUGAUGAAGCUACAACUAGUUCUGCUGAGUAUACCCAGGAACAAAUAGAAGCUGUGAAGCGUAUACGGAAAUGUAAAAACUAUUAUGAAAUUCUCGGCGUGAAUAAGACUUCCUCUGAGUCUGAACUGAAGAAAGCGUACAGGAAACUAGCCCUGGCUUUUCAUCCAGACAAGAACAAGGCACCAGGAGCUGGAGAAGCUUUCAAGGCUAUCGGGAGUGCCUACGCUGUACUUUCCAAUACUGAGAAGAAGAGACAGUACGAUCUAUAUGGAGAUGAAGAUAGUGCACCCAGGUCCAGGCGGACCCAGAGAAGCGGGUUCUACGAAUACGAGGAUCCAAGCCACGGGUUCCAGGGGGAUAUGACUGCGGAGGAGAUAUUUAACAUGUUCUUCGGAGGCGGCAUGCCAGGUUCUUCAGUGUAUGUACGACGAGGGGGUAGAUGGACUAGAUCAGGGGCAGGAGCUGGACAUGCGCAGGAGCAUCAACAGCAUUCACAGGAACAGGGAGGAUUUGGGGCUCUCUUCCAGUUGUUACCGAUCCUCUUUCUUAUUCUUAUGUCACUCUUCAGCAGUCUCUUUGUAAAUGAUCCCUUGUACUCAUUCGAUCAUACGCAUAAGUAUAAUGUUGGACGAAGAACGACGAAUAUCAAGGUUACCUACUACGUAAAGGAAUCAUUCCACCAGGAGUUUACUGGCAGUCUGCGAAAACUUGAGAGACAGAUUGAAGACGACUUUCUCAGUCAUCUUAAGUCCCGGUGUUACCAAGAAAAGAGUUACAAAGAAAACCUUCUUUGGCAGGCUCGGUACAGCGGAUCUCAAAACCUGUUUAAGAAGGCACAGAACUAUCCUACGCCGUCCUGCGUCAGGCUAGAGUGUUUAUGUUACGAAGAACUACUAAGAAAUGGAAUAAUAUUUUUAGAUAUUCUAAAAUACUUACUAAAUAUUAUAAUUCGACGACUCAUGGAUAAAAGUUUUUUUUCUGAAUAAGAAAAGGCGACAUUUUUCUUUUGAAGUUUUCUUGUGUUUCUCGCAUUCCGAGAUUUCUUGAUCCCCAUAAAACCAUAUUUUCAGUUUUUAUAAUUUUCCAUUUUGGUUUGUAAAAUGUAUGUACGUGUUUAGUGAUGUACAGUCCGCAAUAAUCCAAUGUAUUCGAUUUAUAUGUACACUUUGCACGUACUGUACACUGUACACGUGCAGUACAGUGAGCAGUUUAAUUGUACUGAAGAACCUACGAUAUACUCAUUUUAUGAGUUAUAAGCAAAAACUAACACUUUUAUUUAAUAACAAUUAUAAUGUAAAUUACUGUUUAAAAAUGUGGAUUGUUACAUUUUUGACAAAAUUUUAGUUCGUGGAUUUUAUGUUUAUAAAAACAUAUUC